UGCCUGGAUGGGAUCGACUAUGAUGACUUCAAUUUCGGCUCCCACAUGAUGGAGCAGAAGGAGCCCCUGAUGGAGACAGUGGAAGGUCCCUACCUUGUCAUCAUCGAGCAGCCAAAGCAGCGGGGGUUCCGGUUUCGGUAUGGCUGUGAGGGCCCUUCGCACGGGGGGCUGCCAGGAGCAUCCAGCGAGAAGGGGCGCAAGACCUAUCCCACCGUCAAGAUCUGCAACUACUCUGGGAUGGCCCGGAUUGAGGUGGACCUGGUGACGCACAGCGACCCUCCCCGUGUGCAUGCCCACAGCCUGGUGGGCAAGCAGUGCAACGAGGCCGGCAACUGUGUCGCAAUCGUGGGACCAAAGGACAUGACAGCUCAGUUCAGCAACCUGGGUGUGCUCCACGUCACCAAGAAGAACAUGAUGGAGAUCAUGAAGGAAAAGCUGAAGCAGCAGAAGAUGCGUAACAGGAGCCAUCUGACAGAAGCAGAGCUGCGUGAGAUUGAGCUGGAGGCGAAGGAGCUGAAGAAGGUGAUGGACCUGAGCAUUGUGCGCUUGCGCUUCACUGCCUACCUCCGUGACAGCAGCGGGAACUUCACGCUGGCCCUCCAGCCCGUCAUCUCAGACCCCAUCCAUGACAGCAAGUCCCCAGGAGCUUCCAACCUGAAGAUCUCGCGGAUGGAUAAGACGGCAGGCUCAGUGCGGGGAGGCGACGAGGUCUACUUGCUGUGUGACAAAGUUCAGAAAGAUGACAUCGAGGUGCGUUUCUAUGAGGAUGAUGAGAAUGGCUGGCAGGCCUUCGGAGACUUCUCCCCCACUGAUGUGCACAAGCAGUAUGCCAUCGUCUUCCGCACGCCCCCCUACCACAAGCCAAAGAUCGACCGUCCUGUCACCGUCUUCCUGCAGCUGAAGCGGAAGCGAGGAGGCGACGUGAGCGACUCCAAGCAGUUCACCUACUACCCUGUGGUGGAAGAUAAGGAAGAAGUCGAGAGGAAGCGCAAGAAAGUCCUGCCUCAGUUUCCCCAGCAUUUUGGCGGGGGCUCACACCUGGGGGGGGCCGGUGGGGGGGGUGGCGGCUCUGGAGGAGGUGGGAACCUCGGCUUCCCCUACUCCACCGGGCUGGCCUACAACAGCAUCUACUCGCCUGGCCCCCACCCUGUUGGGAGCUACCAAGGGGGAGUGCAGAUGAAGGGCCCUGAGGCCGAGGAGCCCGGGAGUGACCAGCAGGUGCCUGCGGAGAGCACGUACUGCAAGGAGCUGCAGAAGCACGCCCAACUGUGCCAGCUGUGGAUGCUGGCGCUGGCCCGGCGCAAUGCCCAUGCCCUGCUCGACUACUCGGUCACCGCUGACCCCCGCAUGCUGCUAGCGGUCCAGAGGCACCUGGCUGCAUCGCAGGAUGAGAACGGAGACACGCCUUUGCACCUUGCUAUUAUCCAUGAGCAGACGGCUGUGAUCAAGCAGCUGAUCGAGGUUGUCGUUAGCAUCCCCAGCCAGCAGAUCAUCAACAUCUCCAACAACCUGCAGCAGACGCCGCUGCAUCUGGCAGUCAUCACCAAGCAGCCCCAAGUGGUCCAGCUCCUGCUGCAAGCCCGCGCCGACCCCACCUUGCUGGACCGCUACGGCAAUUCUCUGCUGCACCUGGCACUCCAGGCUGGCGAUGAGGAGAUACUGAGAACACUGCUGGGCCACCUGGGCUCUGCUGCCCCUUACCUGCUCCGCCUGCCUAAUUUCCAUGGCCUCCUGCCUGUGCACUUGGCCGUGAAGGCAAAGAGUUUGGCCUGCCUGGACCUGCUGGUCAGGAAGGGAGCGGACGUGAAUGCGGUGGAGAGGCAGGGAGGGAGGACCCCGUUGCACCUGGCUGUGGAGAUGGAGAACCUGAAUAUGGCCACCCACCUGGUGAAGAAGCUGGGAGCAGAUGUCAACAGCCGGACCUUUGCUGGGAACACCCCCCUGCACCUGGCUGCUGGCCUGGGCUCCCCCACCCUCACCAAACUGCUCCUCAAAGCUGGGGCGGAUGUGCUGUGCGAGAAUGAUGAGCCCGUGAGCCCGUCCUCGUCAGAACCCAGCAGUGACACGGACACUGACCCGGAGGAGCAGGAGGCGGCCAUGGAGCUGGGGGAGCCAGCUCCAGCCGUGGAGUGCGGCACCAACCCCGACCCCCCCACGCAGGGACAUGGGAAGGCAGGGCACAGACAGCGGCGCUGCCACACACCCCUGGACCUGACUCGGAGCCAGAAGCUGGCCAAGCGCCUGGGGCUCUGCAGCCUGGUAGAGACCUACAAGGACACCCCCUCACCCAGCAUCAGCCUCCUGCGCAGUUACGAGCUGGCAGGGGGCAGCUUGGGGGGCCUGCUGGAGGCGCUGGACUCCAUGGGGCUCCGCAAGGCUGUGAGGAUGAUCCACAAAACUGAGGCACUGGAGAAGCUGCAAAGCACAG